AUGCUUUAUACUGACUAUCAUGUCUUUGGCUUUAUUGCUUCAUAUAUUCAGACCAAAAUGAGGACAGCAGGUCGAGCUUUGUACCUUGAGGCAGCCCAAUGGAACCGCUGGUACGGCUACUGGCAUCAGAAGGACCCCCAAGGUUGGAAGGGAACGUUGAGAUUGAUCUCCAGUCCAAGAUUUCACACGCCUAUCCGAACAUUUUUCCAUUUUGCUUUUGAGCCAAAUUCUGACCCCGGGAAGUUACAUUGUCCAAUACCAAUUCCGGUACCAUGUGUCCUUGCUCACAAUCACGUGAACUUGUGA